UUCAUCUAACUCUCUCCCCCAACAUUCUCCUACCAGCUACCAUAAUUCACUCACCUCUUGUCUGAGUUUACGAGGGGACUUCCCUUUUCUUGAUUGGUCUCCAUUUGUAUACACAUCAAAUACUAGAGAUCUCAAUUGACUCGGCAAAAUGGCUACUGGACAACUUUUCUCCAAGACUACACAAGCUUUGUUCUACAACUACAAGCAGCUUCCUAUCCAGCGAAUGCUUGACUUUGAUUUCCUUUGUGGGAGGGAAACACCAUCUGUUGCUGGAAUUAUUAAUCCUGGUUCUGAGGGAUUCCAGAAACUCUUCUUUGGUCAGGAGGAAAUUGCAAUCCCAGUACAUUCAACCAUUGAAGCUGCCUGUGCUGCACAUCCUACAGCUGAUGUUUUCAUAAACUUUGCGUCUUUCAGAAGUGCUGCUGCUUCCUCCAUGUCUGCUCUUAAACAGCCGACCAUCAAAGUUGUGGCUAUUAUAGCUGAAGGUGUUCCUGAGUCAGACGCUAAGCAGCUGAUUGCUUAUGCAAAGGCAAACAAUAAGGUGGUUAUUGGUCCAGCUACUGUUGGAGGGAUCCAAGCUGGUGCUUUCAAGAUUGGUGAUACUGCUGGAACAAUUGAUAACAUUAUUCAGUGCAAACUUUACAGACCUGGAUCUGUAGGCUUUGUCUCAAAAUCUGGUGGUAUGUCUAAUGAAUUAUACAAUACAAUUGCUCGUGUGACUGAUGGAAUUUAUGAAGGAAUUGCAAUUGGGGGAGAUGUUUUCCCUGGCUCUACCCUUUCUGAUCAUGUUUUGCGCUUCAACAAUAUUCCACAGGUUAAAAUGGUGGUUGUUCUCGGGGAACUUGGUGGACGAGAUGAGUAUUCCUUAGUUGAAGCCUUGAAGCAGGGAAAAAUUAACAAGCCUGUUGUUGCAUGGGUUAGUGGAACUUGUGCUACGCUCUUCAAGUCAGAAGUACAAUUUGGUCAUGCGGGAGCAAAGAGUGGCGGUGAAAUGGAGUCCGCACAAGCAAAGAAUCAAGCACUCAGAGAUGCCGGAGCUGUGGUUCCAACCUCAUAUGAAGCUUUUGAAGGAGCAAUCAAAGAUACAUUUGAAAAGCUAGUUGAAGCAGGAAAAACAACUCCUGUAAAGGAAGUUUCUCCUCCUCAAAUACCUGAAGAUCUUAGCACGGCAAUUAAGAGUGGGAAAGUUCGGGCCCCAACUCAUAUUAUUUCCACAAUAUCUGACGAUAGAGGUGAAGAGCCAUGUUAUGCUGGUGUACCCAUGUCAUCCAUUGUGGAGCAGGGACUUGGUGUUGGUGAUGUGAUUUCCCUCUUGUGGUUCAAACGUAGCCUACCACGUUAUUGUACACGUUUUAUUGAGAUUUGCGUGAUGUUGUGUGCUGACCAUGGUCCCUGUGUCUCUGGUGCCCACAACUCCAUAGUAACUGCCAGGGCUGGGAAAGAUCUGGUUUCAUGCCUUGUUUCCGGAUUGCUGACUAUUGGUCCGCGAUUUGGUGGUGCUAUUGAUGAUGCUGCUCGGUACUUCAAGGAUGCUUAUGACAAGGGUCUUACACCAUAUGAGUUCGUGGAAAGUAUGAAGAAGAAGGGCAUUCGUGUGCCAGGAAUUGGCCACAGGAUUAAGAGAGGUGACAACAGAGAUAAGAGAGUGGAACUACUGCAGCUUUAUGCUAGGGAAAAUUUCCCUUCUGUUAAGUACAUGGAGUAUGCUGUUCAGGUUGAAACUUACACACUCUCAAAGGCAAACAACCUAGUCCUCAAUGUCGAUGGUGCCAUUGGAUCCCUCUUUUUGGAUCUCCUUGCCGGCAGUGGAAUGUUCACCAAGCCAGAAAUUGAUGAAAUUGUGGAGAUUGGUUACCUCAAUGGACUUUUCGUGCUGGCUCGUUCAAUUGGGCUUAUAGGGCACACAUUUGACCAGAAGAGAUUGAAGCAGCCUCUGUACCGUCACCCAUGGGAAGAUGUCCUCUACACCAAGUGAAGAGUCUCUUGAUAACAACAGACAGAAAGCUGCCUGCGCCCAAUCUAUAUUUUUCAUUCAAACUAUUUGGUUAGCCAUUUGUUGUGUGAGUGAUUCAACUAGUACUCCUAAGAGCUCUGGUGAGCAUUUCAUUUUUUAAGUUCUUAGGGAGAUGCCAAAAGACAACUCUCAGUUAUCAUUCGUGAUCAAUUCUUAGUUCCACACAAGUGUUUUCUUUUUUCCUCUAUCAUGUCAUAAAUGAAAUAACACAAUCCAUUUUUGUACCUGAUUUCAAGUCUUUACAAGGAGAUUCUUCAUUGUUA